AGCUAGUGUCCAGGAAUCUAGCUCCCUGCGCACCCCCAAGCCCCGCAUCGGCCUGCCGCCUUCCCCCGGAGGCCAUGGGCCCAGGGACUCUGCUGAUCCUGUUGGUGGCCACAGCUUGGCACGGCACUUGUUCAAGGUGAUCUUGCAAGUCACAGCUGAACCCCAGAACCAGCAUCACCCCUGCCAGGGCAGCACCCAUCUCAGAGGCAGGGUAUGGCCAAGGGGUGUCACCUCAGGCCUCAAUUCUGUUUGCCACCCUCCAUCACCAGGUCAGGGGGUCCCGGUGAUAGAGCCCAGUGGCCCUGAGCUGGUUGUGGAGCCGGGUACAACCGUGACCUUGAGAUGUGUGAGCAACGGCAGCGUGGAAUGGGACGGCCCCAUUUCCACCUACUGGACUCUGGACGCUGACGUCCCCAGCAGCAUCCUCACUACGAACAAUGCCACCUUCCUAAACACGGGAACCUACCGCUGCACUGAACGUGGAGACCCCCUGGGGGGCAGCGCCACCAUCCACCUCUAUGUCAAAGACCCUGUUCGGCCCUGGAGGGUCCUGGUCGAGGAAGUGACGGUGAUGGAGGGUCAGGACGCGCUGCUGCCCUGCCUGCUCACGGACCCAGCGCUGGGGGCAGGCGUCUCGCUGGUGCGGGUGCGUGGCCGACCUGUCUUGCGCCAGACCAACUACUCCUUCUUGCCCUCGCACGGCUUCAUCAUCCACAAGGCCAAGUUCAUUGAGAGCCAGGACUACGAGUGCAGUGCUCGGGUGGAUGGCAGGAUGGUGAAGUCCCUCAGCAUCCGGCUUAAAGUUCAGAAAGUCAUCCCAGGACCCCCGACCUUGACAAUGAAGCCUGCAGAGCUGGUGCGGAUUCAAGGAGAGGCUGCCCAGAUCGUAUGCUCAGCCAGCGACGUUGAUGUCAACUUUGAUGUCUUCCUCCAACACGGAGACACCAAGCUCACAAUCUCUCAACAAUCCGACUUCCAUGACAACCGUUAUCAAAAAGUCCUGACCCUCGACCUCGAUCACGUAGGCUUCCAAGAUGCUGGCAACUACACCUGCAUGGCCACCAAUGCCCGGGGCAUCCACUCCACCUCCAUGGUCUUCUGGGUGGUAGACAGUGCCUACUUGAACUUGACCUCUGAGCAGAACCUCCUCCAGGAGGUGACCGUGGGUGAGAAGAUCGAACUCAAAGUCAAGGUGGAGGCCUACCCAAGCCUGCAAAGUUUUAACUGGACCUAUCGGGGACCCUUCCUUGGCCACCAGCCCAAGCUCGAUUUUGUAACCAGCAAGGGCACAUACAGAUACACCUCCACCCUCACCCUGCUUCGCCUGAAGCCCUUCGAGGCUGGCCACUACUCCUUCCAGGCCAGAAAUGCCAGAGGCGAAGAGGCCCUGACCUUUGAACUCACCCUUCUAUACCCCCCAGAGGUAGAGGUCACGUGGACCCUCAUCAACGGCUCUAAAGCCCUGCUCUGUGAAGCCUCAGGGUACCCCCGGCCCAAUGUGACGUGGGUGCAGUGCAGGGGCCACACGAACAGAUGUGAUAAGACCGAAGUGCUGGUCCUGGACGACCCAAACCCUGAGGUUCUGAGCCAAAAGCCCUUCCACAAGGUGACCGUCCAGAGCCUGCUGGCCCCUGGGACCUUGGAACACAACAGGACGUACGAGUGCAGGGCCUACAACAGCGUGGGGAACAGCUCCCAGGCCUUCGGGCCUGUCUCUGUAGGAGCCUACAUGCAGCCCCUUGAUGAGCCCCUCCUCACGCCGGUGCUGGUGGCCUGCAUGUCCAUCAUGGCCUUGCUGCUGCUGCUGCUUUUGUACAAGUACAAGCAGAAGCCCAAGUACCAGGUGCGCUGGAAGAUCAUCGAGAGCUACGGGGGCAACAGCUACACCUUCAUCGACCCAACCCAGCUGCCCUACAACGAGAAGUGGGAGUUCCCCCGGAACAACCUGCAGUUUGGUAAAACUCUUGGAGCAGGCGCCUUUGGGAAGGUGGUAGAGGCCACGGCCUUUGGUCUGGGCAAGGAAGAUGCUGUUCUGAAGGUGGCUGUGAAGAUGCUGAAGUCCACGGCUCACGCUGACGAGAAGGAGGCCCUCAUGUCAGAACUGAAGAUCAUGAGCCACCUGGGCCAGCACGAGAACAUAGUCAACCUUCUGGGAGCCUGUACCCAUGGAG